AUGUCGGGAUAUCAGCAGGGCCAAGGCCAAGGCCAGGGCCAAAGUCAUCAGGAAUACGAUGAUGGCUAUGGCCACAAUAAUGGCAACACCGACUCGUACUACCAGGACGACCAGCAGUACUAUGACAACAAUGGUUACAAUAACCGCGGCGGGCAACAACACGGUGAAGGGUACUAUGACGAGUCAGGUUAUUACAAUGCUGACCCCAACAACCCGUACCACCAAGAUGGUGGCUACUAUGACAAUCACGAUCAGUACCAGGAUGAUUACUACAACAACCAGGGAGGCUACUACGACCAGGGCUAUGAUCGGAACGGCUAUGGGAACGGCCAGGGCCACCGCAACGGCUCGGAAGAGGAUUCCGAGACGUUCAGCGACUUCACCAUGAGAUCCGACAUGGCCCGAGCAGCCGACAUGGACUACUACGGCCGCGGCGACGAGCGCUAUGACGGCUAUAAUGAUGGUCAAAUGGGAGGUAGAGGAUAUCGGCCCGCGUCGUCUCAGAUUUCGUACGGAGGCAAUCGCUCAUCUGGCGCAUCGACACCAAACUACGGCAUGGACUACGGCAAUGUCCUCCCCGCUGGCCAGCGCUCCAGAGAGCCGUACCCUGCUUGGACUUCAGAUGCGCAAAUUCCCCUCUCGAAGGAAGAGGUGGAGGACAUCUUUCUCGACCUGACGGCCAAGUUCGGUUUCCAGCGCGACAGCAUGCGCAACAUGUAUGACCAUUUGAUGACCCUCCUGGACUCGCGAGCGUCGAGGAUGACGCCAAACCAGGCGCUUCUCUCACUGCAUGCGGACUACAUCGGCGGCGACAAUGCAAACUAUCGCAAGUGGUAUUUUGCCGCCCACCUCGAUCUCGACGACGCCGUUGGCUUUGCGAAUAUGAAGGGCAAAGGCUUGAAACGAUCUCGCAAGAAUAAGAAGAAGGGAGCGCCCGAGAACGAGGCCGAAGCUCUCGAAGAUCUUGAAGGUGAUGACUCGCUGGAGGCUGCCGAGUAUAGGUGGAAGACCCGGAUGAACCGAAUGUCACAGCACGACCGUGUACGCCAGCUUGCGCUUUACCUUCUUAUCUGGGGCGAGGCGAACCAGGUCCGUUUCAUGCCCGAAUGUCUCUGCUUCAUCUUCAAGUGCGCAGACGACUAUCUCAAUUCCCCUGCCUGCCAGAAUAUGGUAGAGCCGGUUGAGGAAUUCACCUUCCUCAACAACGUCAUCACGCCACUCUACCAAUACUGUCGCGACCAGGGAUACGAAAUUCUCGAUGGUGUUUACGUUCGCCGCGAGAAGGACCACAGUCAGAUCAUCGGUUACGACGAUUGCAACCAGCUGUUUUGGUAUCCCGAGGGCAUCGAGCGCAUCGUCCUUCAUGAUAAGAGCAAGCUGGUUGAUGUGCCCCCUGCCGAGCGCUAUCUCAAGCUGAAGGAUGUGAAUUGGAAGAAGGUCUUCUUCAAGACAUACAAGGAGACACGCUCCUGGUUCCACAUCCUCGUCAACUUCAACCGCAUCUGGAUUAUUCACUUGACCAUGUUCUGGUUUUUCACGGCCUACAAUUCCCCUACCCUCAUCACGCCAAACUACGAGCAAGAAGCCAACAAUCAGCCACCACCGGCCGCUGUGUGGUCUAUCGUCGGGUUUGGCGGGACCAUCGCUUCCUUGAUCCAGAUUCUGGCAACUCUAGCAGAAUGGCUUUACGUUCCUCGCAAGUGGGCUGGCGCGCAGCAUUUGACGAAGCGACUCCUCUUCCUCAUCCUCGUCUUCGUCAUCAAUGUCGCGCCGGGUGUGUACAUCUUUAUGCCCGCGAGCGACACGAAAGCAUAUCUCGAGCGGCAGAAUCAGCAAAUUUCACUGGUUCUCGGCAUCGUGCAAUUCUUCGUCGCCGUGGCCACCUACAUAUUUUUCUCCGUUAUGCCGCUCGGUGGUCUCUUCGGAAGCUACCUGACCAAGAACUCAAGGAGAUACGUGGCGAGUCAAACGUUUACAGCCAGUUACCCCCGCCUCAAGGGCAAUGACAUGGCCAUGUCAUACGGUCUUUGGCUUGUCGUGUUUGGACUCAAGUUCGGAGAGUCGUACAUAUAUUUGACUUUGUCAAUCCGAGAUCCCAUCCGGUACCUGGACAUAAUGAGAACAACCAACUGUAUCGGCGACACGAUUCUCAAAAAGAACCUCUGCCAGUACCAACCGCAGAUUACCCUUGGCCUUCUCCUGUUCACCGACUUGAUCUUCUUCUUCCUGGAUACCUACCUGUUUUAUGUCUUGUUCAACGCAUUGUUCUCCAUCGCCCGGUCCUUCUACCUCGGCUCGUCGAUCUUGACCCCUUGGAGGAACAUCUUCACUCGUCUGCCGAAGCGUAUCUACUCCAAGAUUCUGGCCACGACAGACAUGGAGAUCAAGUACAAGCCCAAGGUGCUCAUCUCCCAGAUCUGGAAUGCCAUCGUCAUCUCGAUGUAUCGCGAGCAUCUGCUGGCUAUUGACCACGUUCAGAAGCUGCUUUACCAUCAGGUUCCGUCGGAACAGGAGGGAAAGCGCACCUUGCGGGCCCCCACCUUCUUCGUUUCGCAGGAUGAUCAGUCCUUCAAGACCGAAUUCUUCCCGAGUUAUAGUGAGGCCGAGCGGAGAAUAUCUUUCUUUGCCCAGUCGCUCUCGACACCUAUCCCAGAGCCGGUCCCCGUCGACAAUAUGCCGACUUUCACGGUCAUGAUUCCCCACUACAGUGAGAAGAUUCUUUUGUCGCUUAGGGAGAUCAUCCGCGAGGACGAGCCUUACUCCCGCGUCACCCUCCUCGAGUAUCUGAAACAGCUCCAUCCCCAUGAAUGGGAUUGCUUCGUCAAGGACACUAAGAUUCUAGCCGACGAGACCUCGCAAUUCAACGGAGAAGAUGAAAAGAACGAGAAGGACACAGCCAAGAGUAAGAUUGACGAUCUGCCCUUCUACUGCAUCGGGUUCAAGUCGUCUGCGCCCGAGUACACGCUCAGGACGCGCAUCUGGGCUUCUCUCCGUUUCCAAACCCUGUACCGCACCGUCUCCGGUUUCAUGAAUUACAGCCGUGCGAUCAAGCUUCUGUAUCGCGUCGAGAACCCCGAGGUUGUGCAGAUGUUCGGCGGCAAUUCUGACAAGCUCGAGCGUGAGCUGGAGCGAAUGGCUCGCCGCAAGUUCAAGCUCAUUGUCUCGAUGCAGCGAUUCGCCAAAUUCAAGAAAGAGGAGAUGGAAAACGCCGAGUUCUUGCUCCGAGCUUAUCCCGAUCUGCAAAUCGCCUACUUGGACGAAGAACCGCCUUUGGCUGAAGGUGAAGAGCCCCGUCUGUACUCUGCGCUCAUCGACGGCCACUCCGAAAUCAUGGAAAAUGGCAUGCGCCGCCCCAAGUUCCGUAUCCAGCUUUCCGGCAACCCUAUUCUGGGUGACGGCAAAUCUGACAAUCAGAAUCAUGCCAUCAUCUUCUACCGAGGCGAGUACAUUCAGCUCAUCGAUGCCAAUCAAGACAAUUACCUUGAGGAAUGCCUAAAGAUCCGCAAUGUCCUUGCCGAGUUUGAGGAGAUGAAGAUGGAUAACGUGUCGCCGUACACUCCUGGGGUUAAGAAUCCAACUCGUGCCCCCGUUGCCAUCCUUGGUGCUCGCGAAUACAUCUUCUCGGAGAACAUUGGCGUCCUCGGAGACGUUGCCGCCGGUAAGGAACAGACAUUCGGCACGCUCUUCGCAAGAACUCUGGCGCAGAUUGGCGGCAAACUACACUAUGGUCACCCGGAUUUCCUCAACGGCAUCUUCAUGACUACCCGUGGCGGUGUGUCCAAAGCUCAAAAGGGUCUCCACCUGAACGAAGAUAUCUACGCCGGCAUGAACGCUUUGUUACGCGGCGGCCGCAUCAAGCAUUGCGAAUAUUACCAGUGCGGCAAGGGUCGUGAUUUGGGUUUCGGGUCUAUCUUGAACUUCACGACAAAGAUCGGAACGGGUAUGGGCGAGCAGAUGCUUUCUCGCGAGUACUACUACCUUGGGACUCAACUGCCCCUGGAUCGCUUCCUCUCGUUCUACUACGCCCACCCUGGUUUCCAUCUCAACAACAUGUUCAUCAUGCUCUCGGUCCAGAUGUUCAUGAUCUCGCUCCUGCAAAUCGGCGCUCUCCGGCGCGAGACAACUCCCUGCGAGUACAACCGCCAGGUACCUAUCACGGAUCCUCUGUACCCCACUGGCUGCUCGAACACGGACGCUCUCAUGGAUUGGGUCUACCGCAGUGUCUUGUCGAUCUUCUUCGUCUUCUUCCUCUCCUUUGUGCCCCUGAUUGUGCAGGAGGCGGUGGAGCGCGGCGUGUGGCGUGCGGUUACCCGCUUCCUCAAACAAUUCUUCUCACUGUCACCAUUCUUCGAGGUGUUUGUUUGCCAGAUCUACGCGAACUCGGUCCAGCAGGACAUCACAUUCGGCGGCGCCAGAUACAUCGGUACCGGUCGUGGGUUUGCCACCGCUCGAAUCCCGUUUGGCGUUCUCUACUCGCGUUUCGCCGGCCCAUCCAUAUAUCUUGGGGCGCGCUUGUUCCUGAUGUUGCUCUUCGCUUCGAUUACGGUCUGGCAGGCAGCAAUUGUCUACUUCUGGUUGACGGUGAUGGCCUUGACGAUAUCGCCGUUCCUUUACAACCCCCACCAGUUCGCCUGGAACGACUUUUUCAUCGACUAUCGUGAUUACCUCCGCUGGUUGUCGCGCGGCAAUUCUCGGUCACAUGCCUCGUCUUGGAUCGCCUUCUGCCGACUUUCACGAACAAGGAUCACGGGCUACAAGCGCAAGGCGCUCGGCGACCCCUCUGCCAAGAUGUCGGGCGACGUCCCGCGUGCCGCUAUCACAAACAUGUUCUGGGCUGAGAUAUUCUCGCCUCUGUGUCUUGUGCUGGUGACGGCGAUCCCAUAUUUGUUUAUGAAUUCGCAAAACGGCGUGAUCGAUAAGAACGCCAAGGAGACCGGGGCCUUGAUUCGUCUUGGCAUUGUAGCCUUGGCUCCCAUUGCUAUCAAUGCCGGCGUUUUGGCAAUGUUCUUUGCGAUGGCCUGCUUCAUGGGUCCGCUCUUGAGCAUGUGCUGCAAAAAGUUUGGCAGCGUCCUGGCUGCCAUCGCGCACGGCAUUGCCGUCGUUGCACUUUUGAUCUUCUUCGAGGUCAUGUUCUUUUUGCAGAAGUUCGACUUUGUCAAGACCCUCCUAGGCAUGAUCGCCGUGGUGGCCCUUCAGCGCUUCAUCUUCAAGUUGAUCAUUGCUCUCGCACUCACCCGCGAACUCAAAACGGACGAGGCGAACAUCGCUUUCUGGACUGGCAAGUGGUACUCGAUGGGCUGGCACACAAUUUCCCAGCCUGCUCGUGAGUAUCUGUGCAAGAUUACCGAACUGAGCAUGUUCGCCGCCGAUUUCGUCCUCGGUCACUUCAUCCUUUUCCUCAUGCUUCCAGUCAUCCUGAUUCCGCAGGUCGACAAGCUGCACUCAAUGAUUCUCUUUUGGCUUCGCCCAAGCCGCCAAAUUCGCCCCCCCAUCUACUCGAUGAAGCAGACAAAGCUCCGGAGACGGCGUGUCAUCCGCUACGCAAUUCUCUACUUUGUCAUGCUUGUCGUGUUCCUCGCACUCCUCGUUGGCCCGGUUGUUGCUGGCAGAUACGUUCCCGCGUCGGUCUUCAAACCCCUCAAUGAUCUCAACAUGGGUCUCGUGCAGCCAGAAUUUCCAAGGAACGAUACUCACGGCAGAACUGCUACGGGUACUGGGGCGAAGACAUACACGGGCGUCAUGGCAUCUGAAUUAUCGGCGAAAGCGACAGCCACGGCCGCCAACAGGAUGAUGAUUUGA